AUGAAAUCAAUAAAUAUUGAGUAUUAAUAAAUAGAAUUAAAAAGAAAUGUAAAUAAAAGGUAAAUCAUCGUACAAAAGGAAUUUAAGAAACCUGUUUUCAGAAUUCACCGAUUCAUAAUUUCAGAUACUGAAAGUGUAAGAUAGUCUGUAGUAACUUUAUUACAGAAGUCUAAUGCUAACUACCAGGAAGAAUAAAAUUAACUGAUCAUAUAUUUGGGAGACGAUAUAAUGCAUGAACGUAUGUGUAAAUCUGAAAGCAUUAUAUCAUCACAUUAUGAAUUUAAUUUUGAGACGAAACCAAUAAGAUGGAAAUUUAAAAAAAGAUUAACUGAUUUUUAAAAUUGA